AUGCUGGUGGAGGUUCGCAACACGGAGCUGUUUCAUUUCCAGGAGGUUUUGGACCUUCAGCGGAAGAUGGAUGCCAGCGAGAUGCCAGAAGAGGUAUUGAGUCUUCGACGCGCCAGGAUCUCCUUGCUCAAGGAAACUUACGACGUUUACAGGGGUCAGCAGAAGAGAAAUGAUAUGCAGCAGAAGACCAUCCUCUUGACUGGACUCACCGGGGCAGGCAAGUCGGCGGCAUGUCGCUUCUUGACGAUGAAUGAGUCUUGCAGGUAUUCAAACAGCUGGAAUUCUCACACGAAGAAUGUUUCUGAGAUCAGCGGCCAUGCCUUCGGCGAUGAGAUCCAACCUCGACUCCGCCUCUUCGACAUCCCUGGCUUUGGUGACACGGAGGGCACAGCCGUGGACGAGAGACAGUUCAGCCAGACCAUCAGUCACCUGGCUGACGUAGAAGGGCUGGAUGCAGUCUUCUGGGUUGUCAACGGAGCCAUCCGCCGCAAGCUGGGCCCGCGCCGGGACAUGUGGCGACAGUACCGGAAAGCAUUCGGUUCCAAGCUUCUCGAGAAGCUCCACGUCAUCGUCAAUUUCGUGCCGUGGAUGCAGUACAUCAGUGAAGAGGAGCUAAUGAGCAAAUGGAUCGAGGAGUUCAGGGCAUUUCUGGUUUCAGAGGAGCAAGAGUUUAUGCAAGCUGCCUGGGAGUUGGUGGAAGACCGAGCAAGGGGACUUGUCAGCAAAAGCCUCAAAGUUCGUAUCGUGGACAUGAACCCCAUGUAUUUGCAGGGGGAUCUUCCUGUACCGCUGUCGGCACCGAUGGUCAGCAGCCUACCGCUUUAUUCCAUGCCAAUGAACUUGGGGGAGUUGCUGCAGGCAGUGCUGCCUGCCCGCUCCGUGGCUAUGGGGAAGUGGACGAGGACCGCACGAGCUACAAGACCCAAGCAACCAGGGAUGGCGCUUUGA